GCAUAAUAUCUGCAUAAAUCUUUGCCUUCAUUUCUCCUAAAAUCAGAGUUCUAUCCCAUUUCAGCAGUUGAAACUUGGGCCAUCCUACACACAGACUGGCCCAUAAUUUGUGUGUUGGUGUUUAUUGCUCACAGGAUCUCCUAUGCUAUUAGUAGUUUAACAAUUUUAACACCGUUUUCCAGUUCCAGUACUUUUAUUUCUAUGAAACUAAUAAUUUUGCUACUUCUAUCGACAUUCUAAUUCCCAUAUGACAUUGUGAAAUCUUACAUAAAUGACAUUCAAAGGUGUAUUUAUGUACAUAUAUUUACUUCAUGGGUUUCAAAUGUUGCAUAUCAUGGAAUCACAGAAUGGCUGGGGUUGAAAGGGACCUCUGGAGAUCAUCUAGUUCAUCAUCAAGCAGGUUCACCCAGAGCAAAUCUCACAGGAAUGUGUCCAGGUGGGUUUUGAAUGUCUCCAGAGAAGGAGACUCCACAACCUCUCUGGACAGCUCAUAUAGUCCCAUUGGGUCACUCCAUUUACCUUGAACUGGGAGUUCCCAGCAAUAUGGAACCUUUCUUUUUUUCCCAGGCCUCCACAUAAUUCCUUGUUGAUUUGCCCUGCAAGAUAUAUUCCAUGCUUCAUAUCAAUUUAUUGGUUUAAAUCUCAUCUGGAAACACAACAUUAGAUGCCUGCACUGUGAUAGACUUUCUUUACUGGAACUACCUCAACCCAUUUUGUCAGUUGAUUUAGUAUUAGCAAACAAUGCUUAAUUCCCCUUUAUGUGGUAGGUGGGAUUAAGAUGGGACUACAUGUGGUUUAGUGGAGUCUAUUUUUAACCUAUUUUUAAGCAACUGUGUACACAUCUGUCUUCAUGCUCUGCCAGCUGUUCUGUCUUCUAAUACUCCCUUUUGCAUUCAUACAACCCCUACAUGAUCCUGUUCAUACACAUAUUGAAACAAAUCUGCUUGAAGGGUAUAGAGUGCUCUCCAUCUAAAAGUGUUUGUCCUUUGUCCACAUUACACUCUCUGUGCUUCACCUGUCUACUAGGUUGUACAGGAAUGGCACCUCCCUUUCCCCAUUUCCAUGUUACAAUGUGGCUAGGUCUUUGAUACCUUGCUUUGGAGGAUUUUAUUUGUUUUCAAACUGGGUGCAUCUUCAAAUGUUAAGUCUACUGGGACCACCACAACCUUGGCAAGGUCAUUUGCUUGACUAUUCCAACAGUGCUAAUUCUGUGUUUUUCCUUUUGCUAUGCUUUUACAUGACCUGCAUUUUUUUAACUUUCUGCUUUUUUUCAGCUCUGUUCAGGAUUUCCUUUCCAUGAUCAACAGGCUACCAGAUUUCCAUUCUGUGUUGCCAGGUCAUCUUUAGUCUGUGUCGGUAACCAAAUAGUUACAGCGUGAUAUAUCCGGUCUGAAACUAUGUAUAAAACCAGAUAAUUUCCUUCAGGUUCCUCUUUUAACUUUGUUAGCAGAGCUUGUAGCUGUGUGGCUUGUGCAGAGCAAACGCAGGCAGCUCUUUUUAUUUUUCCCAGGGGUUGCAGCGUAUCUAAUAGAGCAUUUUCCAGCCUUUUGAGUAAAACUGGAUCCAUCUGUGAAACACACUGAAUAUCCUGUAGCCCAAAGUCAGCAACGGAGCUUUUAUCUGGCGAGAGACACAGAAACAGGUUAGAUGGGUCAUAUUUUUCUGGAUGAGACUUAGAAGAAGGUAAAAGAAACAAAAGAAUAAAACACUCCUUUUCCGUUAUUUGGUUUCCUUCUCACUGUGUAUUAAAGAAUGGAUUCAUCCUUAAGUGUAAGAGUAACUUGGAGUAUUCAGCACCAUCUCUAAUAAGAGCAAAGUCCAGUCAUGGUGCACGUCCUCAACCACAUUAAUUCGUCUGAUUUUUGAACAGUCUUUCAGAGAACUACGCACAAACCAAGAACAACCUUCACCGUUUAUACUUGCCUAUGACGAGGAUUCAUUUACAACUAAGAUACUGUUUUACAGGAAGCUAAUUUAAAUAAAUUUAAAAUGCAUUCUGAAGAUGAAAAGAAGCAGAUGCGUAUUGCAAAUAGAAAUAGUUAUGAGAUCACUGCCUUCAACCAGGGUCAUGAAUCUGAGGACAAACACAAGGAGAAGAAGAAGAAGAAAGCAGAAAAGCCUAAGAUGGUCAGCCCAUUUCAACUGUUUCGAUACUCCAGUUGCUUGGAUAAAUUACUGAUGAUAGUAGGCAGUCUCCUGGCAAUAGUGCAUGGAAGCAGUCUACCUAUUAUGAUGAUAAUUUUUGGUGAUAUGACUGAUAGCUUUGUUUCUUCUGGAGGCACAAAUGUUCCAGAAAACAUUUCUGCAGUGAAUUCCUCUUCAGAUAUUUUUGCCACACUGGAAGAAGAUAUGACAAGAUAUGCAUACUACUAUUCUGCAUUAGGAGCUGGUGUUUUCCUUGCUGCUUAUAUCCAAACUUCAUUUUGGACUCUAGCAGCAGGCCGGCAAAUAAAAAAAAUCAGACAAAAUUUUUUUCAUGCAAUUAUAAGACAGGAAAUUGGAUGGUUUGAUGUAAAUGAUGCAGGAGAACUUAACACUCGUCUUCUAGAUGAUGUCUCCAAAAUUAAUGAUGGGAUAGGUGACAAAAUUGGAUUGCUUAUUCAAUCAUUAACAACGUUUAUAGCCGGAUUUAUUGUUGGUCUCAUAAGAGGAUGGAAAUUAACCCUUGUAAUACUAGCAGUCAGUCCUGUCCUGGGACUUUCAGCAGCCAUGUGGGCAAAGAUUCUCUCUAGUUUCACUGACAAAGAACAAGCUGCAUACGCAAAAGCCGGUGCUGUUGCAGAGGAGGUUCUGGCAGCAAUCCGUACUGUAAUAGCUUUUGGAGGACAGGACAAAGAAAUUAAAAGAUACCAUAAAAAUUUAGAAGAUGCUAAACGAAUUGGAAUAAAAAAGGCCAUUACUUCUAAUAUAUCUAUGGGUGCUGCUUUCUUACUGAUAUAUGCGUCAUAUGCAUUGGCAUUCUGGUAUGGUACUACCUUGGUCUUAAAUGAUGACUACAGUAUUGGCAAAGUUCUUACAGUCUUUUUCUCUGUAUUGAUUGGAGCUUUCAGUAUUGGGCAGACUGCUCCAAGUGUAGAGGCAUUUGCUGCUGCAAGAGGAGCUGCCUAUGCAAUCUUUAAUAUAAUAGACAAUGAACCUCAAAUUGACAGUUAUUCAGAAACAGGUUACAAACCAGACUGCAUUAAAGGGAAUGUGGAAUUCCAAAACGUUUACUUCAAUUAUCCAUCCAGACCAGAUGUUGAGAUACUGAAGGGCUUGAAUCUCAAGGUCAGCUGUGGCCAGACAGUGGCCCUGGUUGGUGGCAGUGGCUGUGGGAAAAGUACAACUGUCCAGCUCAUCCAGAGAUUUUACGAUCCCAAGGAAGGCACGGUUACCAUUGAUGGACACAAUAUUAAGACCCUAAAUGUAAGAUAUCUGCGUGAGAUUAUUGGUGUGGUGAAUCAAGAGCCUGUGCUCUUUGCUACUACUAUUGCAGAAAAUAUUCGUUAUGGCCGUGAGGACGUCACCAUGGAAGAGAUUGAAAAAGCCACCAAGGAAGCAAAUGCUUAUGACUUCAUUAUGAAGCUACCCCAUAAGUUUGAAACCAUGGUUGGAGAAAGAGGGGCACAGCUGAGUGGAGGUCAGAAGCAAAGAAUAGCAAUUGCCCGAGCUCUGGUUCGCAAUCCUAAAAUUCUUCUGCUUGAUGAGGCGACAUCAGCUUUGGAUACUGAGAGUGAAUCAGUUGUGCAGGCAGCACUGGACAAGGCAAGGGAAGGACGCACCACAGUUGUAGUAGCUCAUCGACUGUCAACAGUCCGAAAUGCAGAUCUUAUAGUUGUUUUCGAAAAUGGAGUUAUCACAGAACAAGGGAACCAUUUUGAAUUGCUUGAGAGAAAGGGAAUCUACUACAAACUCGUUAACAUGCAGGCAAUAGAAGCUGAAGUUCCAUCAUCAGAAAAUAAUGAGAAUGCAUUUAGUGUCACAACUAGUGAAUUUAAACCAGAAUUUCAAGAAUCCUUAUCAAAAGGAUUGAGAAGACGAUCAACUCGGAGAAGCACGAAAAAUCCAGGAGCAGAGAAUGAUGAUCCUGAUGAGAAAAAGAGUUCACCUGAUGAAGAAUUACCUGCAGCUUCAUUUUUAAAAAUUCUGAAGCUGAACAAAACGGAAUGGCCAUACUUUGUAGCUGGAACUUUUUGUGCAAUUAUCAAUGGAGCUUUACAACCUGCAUUUGCAAUAAUAUUUUCAGAAAUUAUAGGGAUUUUUUCAGAAACCGACAAGACCAUUGUAAGAGAAAAGAGCAACUUGUAUUCAGUGAUGUUUUUAGUGCUCGGGAUUGUUUCCUUUUUUACUUUCUUUUUCCAGGGGUUUGCAUUCGGCAAAGCUGGAGAAAUUCUUACAAUGAGGCUUCGAUUCAUGGCAUUUAAAGCAAUGCUGAGACAGGAUAUGGGCUGGUUUGAUAAUUCUAAAAAUAGCACUGGAGCAUUAACUACAAGACUUGCUAAUGAUGCCUCACAAGUCAAAGGAGCAACUGGUACGAGACUGGCAUUUAUUGCCCAAAACCUAGCUAACCUGGGGACUGGAAUUAUUAUAUCAUUAGUUUAUGGCUGGCAGCUGACUCUGCUACUUCUAGCUGUUGUGCCAAUCGUUGCAGUGGCUGGAAUGAUUGAAAUGAAGAUGUUGGCUGGGCAUGCUAAAAAAGAUAAAGAAGAGCUGGAAGUUGCAGGAAAGGUUGCCACAGAAGCCAUAGAAAAUGUUAGAACUGUUGUUAGUUUGACCCGAGAAAAAAAAUUUGAGUUGAUGUACGGAGAACAUCUGCAUGUACCAUACAGGAAUUCUGUGAAGAAGGCACAUAUAUUUGGAAUUUGUUUUGCCCUUUCACAAGCAAUGAUGUUCUUUACCUAUGCUGGCUGUUUCCGGUUUGGCGCCUAUCUGGUGGUAAAUGGAUACAUGGACUAUAAAAGCGUGUUUUUAGUGUUUUCAGCUGUUGUAUUUGGUGCAAUGGCAUUAGGACAAAGCAGCUCUUUUGCUCCAGACUAUGCCAAAGCCAAGAUGUCAGCAGCUCACUUGUUUCUGCUGUUUGAAAGAGUACCCUCAAUAGAUAGUUACAGUGAGGAUGGAGAGAAACCUGAAACAUUUGGGGGAAACAUAACAAUCAAAGAUGUGGCAUUUAACUACCCAAACCGACCAGAAGUCAAAAUCCUCCAAGGUUUGAAUCUAAAUGUAGAAAAGGGACAAACUCUGGCUCUUGUUGGUAGCAGUGGCUGUGGAAAGAGCACGGUUGUUCAGCUGCUUGAGAGAUUUUAUGAUCCACUCAGUGGAGAAAUGCUUCUUGACGGCAAAAAUUCAAAGACACUGAAUAUCCAGUGGCUGAGAGCUCAGAUUGGCAUCGUCUCACAAGAACCAAUGCUGUUUGACUGCACUAUUGCUGAAAACAUCGCAUAUGGGGAUAACAGUCGGGAGGUGCCGCAUGAGGAAAUUGUUCAUGCAGCAAAAGAAGCCAACAUCCAUUCCUUCAUUGAAUCACUGCCAGAUAAAUACAAUACCCGUGUAGGAGACAAGGGAACUCAGCUUUCCGGUGGUCAGAAACAACGUAUUGCUAUUGCCCGGGCUCUUGUACGCCAGCCCCAAAUUCUGCUACUGGAUGAAGCUACGUCAGCCUUAGAUACAGAAAGUGAAAAGAUUGUCCAGGAAGCGCUGGAUAAAGCCAGAGAAGGUCGCACCUGCAUCGUGAUAGCUCACCGCCUCUCCACCAUCCAAAAUGCUGACAAGAUUGCUGUGAUUCAGAAUGGCAAGGUCGUAGAGCAAGGAACCCAUCAGCAGCUCCUGGCUAAAAAGGGCAUCUACUAUUCUCUAGUCAAUGUUCAAAGUGGGUCAUGCAACAUGUAAAUUAAAGGCAGUACUUAUCUCUGAAUUGUCACUGUAAUUACUUCAGUGCUGCUGGUUUUGUCACUGUCAUUAUUUCAAUAUCAAUAGUUUUAUACUUUUGGUUUUCCUCCUUCCUUUUGUAUGUCCAACAAGAAAUACUGAGUAAAUAUGUACCAGUUUCUCACUAUUGGUUUUCAUUAUUCAAACCACUCUACUAUGUGACCAAAGCAGAAGCCUAUUGCACUACUUAAAAAAAAAAACAAACACAUGCUAAGCCAAAUGUAAUUAAUAUUAGCUUUCUUUGAACUCUGUCAAUAUCAUGCUAAUUAGGCAUGUCUGGUAAACAACCUGUAAACAUUUUAACGGUCAGUAAAAAUAGUUUUGCUACUGCCAGAAACAAACCUCAAGCCUUAUCUUCCCUGUGCCUGUGUAGGGCAGUCAGACCUGGCCUAUUAAGCUUGCAGGUCAGCUGGAGCUUGAUGCUAGAUGUGUCUUGUUAUGAUGUGGAGUUUUAGGCUGCUAUGACAGCAAAGGUCUUGAAAAUAUGGGUGCCGGCUGAAAACAAGGGUCCCAGAACUGGAGGUACUUCACUGAUGGUCAGUUACUCAUCACUGAAGAGGUGCAACCUUAAGAUAUGGGAAAAAACUGCCUUAAGUAAAACAUGGAAAAGAAGCAGCAGAUUAUAAAAAACCCACAACUGAUGGGCAAGGCACCUGCUGCAGUCUGGGAAAGUAGUAUCUGCAAAUUUCCCAAAAUCACAGGGGUCAGAGGUCAAGGGCUAAGAACUCUCUAAAGAUUGCGAUAUUUUAUAAAAGGUGAAAACUUGAAUUUGGACUUGGAGGAUGGUGAAAAAAGGACAUCGUUUUCAGCAUUCGCUUCCUUCAUUGAAGAGCUCUUGACCCCCAUCACCCUGAUGACUGAGACUAUCAAAGACUGUAACCAUCAGCGCUAAUUACAUAGCAUCAGCUCUGUGGUAUUGUAUAUUAGUUGCUAAUUUCAGGUGACUGUUAAGGACUAACUGCUUUGAAUAUGUACUAAUAGUGAUUAAUAAUUAUGAAGAACUAACCAUUUGCAAUGUAUAUUGUUAAUGAAUAUCUAUGCAGUAAAGCUUUUUUUUAAGUUUAAA